ACGCAGCAGCGCGGAGAAGAGGUGCUGCAUCAAAUGAGCCCUAGAACCACAGCACAUCUACGAGAGAGUGCUAUGCAUAACGUUAAAGCCGUGGACAGGAAUGCGCGAUACGGAGUCGCUUCAUCCCACCUAUUUGCUGUUCCACCGCCGCCGCCUACGAAUGCUCCGCCAAAGAUACCGACGAAUACAAGAUCCUAUGCAACCGCCGAGCGUCGACUGUGGAAGUAUUCCCGAGGCCGUGAACCAGCAGUGAUGAGGACUACGUCUUCUCACGUCCGCUCAUCAUCGGCGCCACCAACAUCAAAGCAUAUCUCUGCUUCGCGAACGACCAGUCGCAACCCUGCUUCGACUAAAGGCAGCUCUCAUGGGGCUGGCACUUGUUCCAAGAAGGAUACACGAAGGAGAUCGUUCGACGACCACGCAAGACAUCGUUCUAUGGCGGCAAUCUCAGUUCGCAGUGCGCCACAGAUAGUCGAGGAUAUGAGCACACGACGGUGGAGGACAGGUGCCGUCGCUAAGCCUUCAAGCUCGAAGGUGCCUACCCGAGCGUUGGCAAAGGACAAGCGACCGCAUUGGGAGGAAACGACGAGAAUGCAGAUUGAUAAUGCUUCUCUUAUUCCAGAGUGCCUCGCGUUCAGGAAGGGCAACACAGUUAGCAGAUCGAGGUCUUCGCAACCGCCUCGCGUCAACUUGCCCCCUCGGCUCAGCUUCAUUGAGAAAGACUUACCUGGUACACCAAAUAUGCUACCACGAACUCCGACAGAGCUGUUGCCGCGCACUCCCACCACUCCCAAGGACCCGGAAUUACUAAAGAGCCGCAGAUCUGGCAUUAUUGGUCGCAGCCCGCUCUCGCAGGUCUCUCUGAAUCAUGGUCAAGCGAAGGAUACUGGAGAUCCUGUCCUGCACGCAAGUGGGCUUAAUGCCAUAUCGGAGGACUCGAUUAACAACGAGAACAUGCCAGCUGGAGUCAGUCCGGCGAUCCCGACAGCGACUCAGAUCCAUCUCCGAGGAGGUUCAGUUGUCACUGUGACGCCGCCAGAAUUGACAGCAUGGCGGCGUACUUGUUACUUGCACGGUCCCAUUAAGCUACCCAAGCCCGCGAUUGCACCGCGCAAGAACUCUGUGGCAAGCCUGGAAGCCUUUCAAGACGUCGUGGAUGAUCUGUAUCAACACUCCUUGGCCAUUCCCAGGAGAGAAAGCGACGAUGCGGUCUCGGAGGACAUAUGCGACUUCUUCGAUGAUUUUGGCUUUGAUCCGGUCUCAUUCGGUGGCGAUAUUCUCGCCAAACCGGUCGUCCAACUGGAUAUGGUUCACGAGGAAGAGGAUGAAUCUGAUGUAGAAGCCAGUCCGAUUGAAGUUGUCAUCGCAAAGGAAGUACUUGAAAGCAUGAACAGGCUUCGAUCUGAUAAUGCUCCAACAGUACUCAAGCCCUUGGAGACCUCAGAGACGCUCAGAGCGCGAGGAAUCGCUCGACUGUCACGAGCCUCGGCAAAGUCCGCGACGUCCGAUAAUGCUAAGGGGCGUAAAGAAUCCUUCAGCGCGGGCAGACCUGAACGAGUGUUACAAUCCAUACUGCUUCCGACACCAGAAGCUGGAGAUUUCGGUUCUGGCUCGCCCAGGUUACAGCCUAGCAGGAAUGCAAGUGGGACUGCUUCCAUGAGACCGACGCCGAUAAUAACGGAUCGAGUUCUCGAUGAGGACGACAUCCAGGAGAUGAGCGUUACUCCGGCGUGGGUGAGUCCAGCCGCUGCGCCGAAGACAAGUUUGUCCAAAGGCAUGUCAACACGGAGGCCAAGAAACCCUCUAGACAGGAUUAGAAGAGUAGUGGCCACGGCUAGCAACAGAUGAUCAUGAUAGAGCUUGCAAUGGAAUACUGUGUGCUGUUAAGUCCGUGCUCCGACUUCUCCAUUGAAUUUCUGAGUUCAAGUCUCGCGGGCAUGUUUUUGGGAUAGAGUCCAUUUCGGUUCCGGCGGUGUUCACGAGUGAUCCAAAGAGAUGCCCAGGAGCAUUGUAUGGCCGGUGAAAUGCCGCGGUUCGUGCCUGUGAGUGAAGUGUAGUCAUUUCCGUUCCAUGAGAACGAUGGCCUUGGCAUUCACGAGAGCGCAGUGUCGUUCACGCAGCACCCGAGGUCGUAGUUCUGCAAGAUGCUGGCAAUGAGGAAAUUACCGUCUUCUUGUCCGUGCUUGCCAUGAUGAUGCUCUUUUGCUAGCCGGAGGAGUCCGGAAACAGCAAUG